GCCGGCCGCCAGCGCUCGGGACACGGGCUGUGCAUCCACCUGCAGGGCGGCCCGGGCGACGAUGCUGCUGGCCUGGGUGCGCACGGUCCUUGUCAGCAACAUGCUGCUGGCAGAAGCUUACGGAGCGGGAGGCUGCUUCUGGGACAACGGCCACCUGUACCGGGCGGACCAGCCCUCGCCCGCGCCGGGGCUCCGCUGCCUCAAGACCCCGUCCCAGGCGCCCCCAGCCCCUGGAACAGAGGAGGAGGAAGUCUCAGAAGCACCCCAGGAAGAUGAAGCGCAGGCGUUCCCUCCUGCCAAUGCCCUACCGGCCCGCAGCGAGGCCGCAGCCGUGCAGCCUGUGAUUGGGAUCAGCCAGCGGGUCCGGGUGAACCCCAAGGAGAAGAAGGAUCUGGGGACCCUGGGCCACGUGCUGGGCAUCACCAUGAUGGUGAUCAUCAUUGCCAUUGGAGUUGGCAUCGUCUUGGGCUACACUUAUAAGAGGGGGAAGGACCUGAGGGCGCAGCGGGAGCAGAAAGCGUGUGAGAGGGAGAUGCAGCGGGUCACGCUGCCCUUGUCUGCCUUCGCCAACCCCACCUGCGAGAUCGUGGAUGAGAAAACCGUGGCGGGCCACCCCAGCCAGACUCCGCUGGACUUUCAGGAGGGCAGCGCCCCUCUCAUGGACCAGGCGGGCACUCCUGGCGCCUGAGCCCCCACGUUGUAAGACCGUCCACCCUCCCAGAGCUGGGGCGUUGACACUUUCUGUUGUGAUUAGACCCUCCCUCCACUUUCUUGUCAGUGUGAGCAGGCAGCAGGCAGAAGGGAUGACCUGAGGACUGUGGGGAGGACUACCUAAAUGCCCCUCUCCCUCCCUCGCUGGGAGCAGGGGUUUGCCCCGUGGCUGGUGCUGACAAGGGCUUCCAAUCAUUGCCUGCAUUCCGAAAUUGAACCAGGGAUGGAUGGGGAGCCCCCGCCCUUCCCUGCUGGUGAUUACCUGAGCUGGCCUCAGUUCCCUUCCCAUGUGUUCUGUGUGGGCUUGGGUGGCAUACACCACGCUUUGUAGUUCAGGUCAAGCAGACGGAGAGGUUAUUUUUGUAAAAAAAAAAAGUAUUUAGUUUUUAGAAAACUCUGGGGUGGGAACUCCCUACUGAGCUCUGAGACCCUGAGAGGAGCCUGUAAAAAAGCCAGAACUGGGAGUGUGCCCCGCCUGCUGGUGGUGAUGUGCCUUGUCAGCCAGGGGCCCGGGCGAGGCCCGGGCACUGACUUCCUGUUUGGAAAGGAAAGAGCUGCACUGAACAUUCCACUUCGGAAGAGGGUGGUGGAGGAGCCAGCCCUGACGCUAGGCUGCAGGGGCAGACAGCCUUAGACAGAGUCUCUUCGCUCGGAGUGGCCAGGGAUCUUGCUUCGCUUCGCAGGGGUGAGAGCAGCCACCUCUGCCGUGGGAGCCGCUUGGUACAGCCCCAUGAGUUGCUUCUGCAAGAUUAAUCUGGAAAUGAAGCCUCCGGGCCAGGUGGGAUUUGCAGGGGACCCUGUGGCCGCCAGGCCAGUGCCUUCGUUGGGGCUGGGGUCACAAACCCCAACUUGCAAAAACAAUCACAGAACCAUUGAAGGGUCCUGAGGGCUCGUCAAGCCUUUUGGAGACAGGGUCGAGAGAGGGGAUGUACAGCGCCUAAGCUACAGGCAUGGCCAAGAACCCAGCUUGUGACCUGGGGCAUUCCCCCACUGCACGGUGCUGGGGCCCCACACCCUGCAGUACCCCACCUGUGCAGAGUCCCUUCCCAAAGCCCUGCUACCUGCAGUCAGGUUGGGAGGGAGGAGGGCUGGGCCCUGGGGUGGUCCUUUGGUGGUAGUGAUGCUGGAGAAGAGGGCAUUACCGGUUUCUACUUUUCUAAAAAAAAGCCUUUCUCUUGUCUACGUUUUAUAUACCUCGUUCUGACACCUGCAUACCGAGGGCAGGAAACUGCUCUGCAUUUGACUUACAUAAAUGAGAAACAAAAGGGAGUCGUUGUCAGGUGCGUGUGGGGCAUCAGAACAUGACCUGGAAGUCCAGGAGCUGUGGGUGACCCUGUCAGCUCUGCUGGGGGUCGGGGGAGCCUGUGGGUCCCAAGCCCCUACUGACUCAGGAGGCUGGAGGCCCCCACAGUUGAGUGGGCAGUUGGUAAAGAGCCCCUUGCUCUGUCUGGCUUCUCACCAGGAACCCAGCAGCGCCAGCAUUCUUCCGAGGCAGUGAACGGUGAGUACGGGUGCCAGCAGGUCUGCCGGGGGCUGGAGUGAGUGGUGGUUGGGUAACAGCCACAGGAAGAGGGGUGUGCUGCGCGAGAGGCUGCAGGGUGACUCCUGGGGGCACCACAACAGAAAGCUCCCACCAGGAGUAUUUCUCGAAUGCUUAGCAGGGAGCUCAGAAGGGCUGAGCCUCAGCUCCCCAGGAACCACGCUGGCCCCCUGGAUUCCUGGAGCCCGGGAAAAAUCACCUUUGGGCAUGCCAGGUUGACACUGUACUAGAAGCCCACCAUCUAGCCCGAACGUCCAGAGCAUCCCCCGUGGAAGCGCAGAAAUGGGUCUUCUCGAAAGGACUUGCACACAAACACAAGGGAUGAAUCCAUCUCCCCGCUGGGAAGCUGCCCCGGUGCCCACCCACCUGUCGUCUCACUGGAGAUCUGGAGAUCUACUUCGAGAACUGUAGCCGACAGGAACCUUAUGGCUCACAACUCAGUACUGUCUGGAAGGUGCACAGCGGGCACUAGCUGGGAAGAUGGCUCUCUUUGUUCGGAGGUACAUGGGGUCCCUAAGGCAGAAUCAACUCGAUGGCCACUGACAUGAAGGUGUCAUCCAGCCCUGCAGAGAGGACACCAGGACGGCUGGGCUGGAGCAGUCUGCACACUGGGGGCUGGGGAACAGCAGGGCCCAAGGCCUCACACAGUGGGCACGCUGGAGGCAGGCUCUGGAACGGUGUGGGUCAGACAGGCCACCUCCUGCGAGGGGGCUGCCUCGGGUGGGAGGUGUGUGCAGCCAAGGCGAGGGGAUGGGACUUGGGUGUAUGUGUGGGGGGUGGACACAGAACCCUCUGCACUGGGGAACUUUGUAGUCUGGGGGGAAGGUGGCCAGCAGUGUUCUAGAAUAUGGGUUCCCAAACUUAUUUGUCAACUUCCCCCUUUUCAGGGAAAAAAAUUUUUACCUAGUGCCCUUGUGGCAGUGAAACACUUUUACUACAGCACACCCUUCUUGGGUCAUUGACGUGCCCCCAGGGGGCAAGCCCACUUUGGGAAACACCGUUGGCCCACGUUCCUGGGGCAGACACAGGCCAGCACACCCAAGUAGCUGCUUGGGAAAGUCACUUUGCCAUCUCGGUUUUAUUACCUGCUUAAUUUAUUAUAUCUGCUAAUACAUUUAGCUCAGCCCACCACUCUCACAGUUGCUGGGACCAGCUGGGGCAGCCAGCCACACAAUGCUAAACCUGGCUGCUAUUGGGCGUUGGGGCUCACAACUCCACACAUCUGUACAGUAGACAUCACUGCUAGCGAUGCCGUGCAAACCCGCAGCUCAUCGGGUCUAUGUACAAUUCACAUACCACCCAAGAGACAGAACCCCGUAAACAGCUCUUAGCAACAACUACACUCCUGGAUCACCCCUAAGAUACACCACCCACCCCAUUGCAGUGACACCCAGCCCCACCCCCAAUGAGUUCAACACGGUGCAAGCUUGCAGACACUUGGGAGGCAAAUCCAGUUGUGCCCAAGAGCCCCAGGACUCCAGACUCCAAGGUGGUGGGGGCCCCAAGGGCUGUCUGGUGUCCAAGGCUGUGGCUCAGGAGGCUGUGACCAGGACACACUGAGCUGGGCUGGGCAACGAAGGAGGUAGAAGCCGCCUGGCCCACGGGGUCCCUCGGUGAAUGCCUCAGCUCUUCCUGCCCCCAUGCGCCUGGGCCAGGGAUGGAGAUGGGGAGGGCGGGUGGCAGCUACAGAAGGUCAAGAGGUUGUCUCCUCCGGCUUCGCAUCCUUGCCCGAGAGCCUGGGCCUCUGACCAGCUCCUCUGUCCUCCAGGGCCCGCCACGCUGGGGUCAAGUGGCAGGAAGCCCGGGAGGAGCCCUCUGGGCGCUGGCUGAGCAGCCCAUCCAGCGCGUGUGCUUUCCAGAGGGCAGGGGCGCCGUUUCUGCAGUUCGCAGGCUUGCUGCAUCUCUGAGUGACUGCUUGUUGCAGGCAGAAAGGACCUUUGCCCAGAGGGCCCCAGUCACUCUCCAGUACUGCCGUUUGAGAGCAUGAGGGGAAGCCGCCCUGCUGGGGAUGCGGUUCCUGGGCGGGCCAGAGUGUCCCCUUGGGAGGUGGACAGACACCAGUUCAUCCCAGCUUGGGGCCAGGGCCAGCACAAACCAACUAAGGGACUCUUCUCUGAGUCCAAGUCCUCCUAUCCCAGGGAAGGCGGGUUAGCUGCCCGGCUGCUGCCGUCUCUUUGGCCCCCCCGAUCCUGCCCAGCAGGCCCACAUCAUGCUGAUUAGUGUAGGCAAGGGCGAUGGAAGUCUCCGCAGGGGGAGUCUCCCAGGUCACUAUCCUCCUGGCCAGGCUUUGGCUUCCCAGCUUUCAGGCAAGUGUUGGGUGUAGAGAUGGUAGGUCACCAGGUGCCGGAACCUGUGGGGACGCCUGUUCCUCGUGCUGUGGCCCCUCGCCCCCCGGGGAGGUAGUGCGAACGGCUUGUGCUGCUUCCUGACAAGCCACCAGCAGACAGGAAGUCACGGGUGGGGGCGCGGAAGGGCAGGGCUGGGCCGGGGCUAGGGCGGUGAGUCCCGGGUCAGGCCGUACUGCAUGCUCACCGAGUGGUCCAGCUCCUCCAGCUCGGCGGGCAGCGGGAUGCCCAGCUCCCCCAGGAACAGGGACAGGGCCUCGAAGGAGUCCUCCAGCUUCGAGAAGGCUGGUCUGGAAAGAAGAAGGCUGCGUUGGAGGCAGGUGGGACGCGUGCAGCAGGCCCCGCCCGAGGCCCUGCUCUGUGGGAAGCAGGGAGAAGUUGCCGCCACUGCCUCCAGCGAGAGCUUUCAAGGGUCUAGGAAAAAAGGCGACUUUGCUGUGUCUGCGAGAAGGAAUCGCAAAACUGGGCUCGGACCCCGAAACGCCCAAAGCCCAACUCGCUGCCGUCGAGUCACAGCUGACCCAAAGCGAGCCCCUGGGGUUUCUGAGAACGUGACCAUGGGAGUAGAGAGCCCAGCCUUUCUCCCUUGGAGCUGCUGGUGGUUUGAACUGUCCACCGUGUGGAUCGCAGUCCACCGCCAGGCCUCCUGGGCUCAGACUAGCGCCAUCACAAAGACCCUCUGCACAUACUGUUGUAUGUGGACAUACUGUGGAGCUGCCAGGAAGGGGCGUUUUUCUCAACUCAGCAGCGCCUCCCAAGGAGACUGCAGACACCUGGCUUUCCUGCUCUAGAAACUGCUUAGCUACCCAGGUCCCCCCAAUCGGUGCUCAACAGGUAAGGCCUGCCCUGAGCUCUCUAUUCGAAAUGCUAACUAGUGCCCCCAAACAAUCCUCUUGAUUGUGUAGACUCCUUUUUCACAGCAGUUCUCACCUCCUAGUGAGGGGGCCCUGGUGGUGGGCGUCUUGCGCACUGGCCAAAGUUCCACCCCCCAGCGGCUCCUUGGGAGAAAGAAAGGCGAAGCUCCCUGCCCCCGCACAGCUUCCGAAACCCAAAGGGACAGUUGGACCCUGCCCUGCAGUACCACUGAGUCAAUCAGAAUCAAUCCACCGGCAGUGAGUUUUGAGUAUUUAACAGAGCCCUGAUGCUACCAUGGUUCAAGUGCUCAGCUGCUGAGCAAAAGGUCAGAGGCCACCAGUCCCGCGGCAGGAGAAAGAUGUGGCAGUCUGCUCCUGUACAGAGUCACAGCCAGGGGAGCCCUGGCGGCAGCUCUCCUCUGUGACUCCAGUCAGCCCGACAGCUGCAAGCUAAUAAAGUCUACCGACUUCUUCCAUCA